AUGAGCCAACAGCAGCUGGAGAAACCGAUAAGUGAUCAUGACGUAAAAGAAGAGGCGGCGGUGACGGAGAGAAGCAUUGUCACGGCGGAAGACAAAGAGAAAGGUGUGGUGGCCGAUGGACAGGCAAGCAAGGAAGAGGUGGUAGCGAACCCUCCGGCAUCAGAAGGAACCAUAACGAUCGGGAAUAAGCCGGUGGAGUGGAGUGACGCAGCGGCUAUACAAGCGGCUGAGGUUAGAGCCACGGGAAGGACCAACAUCAUGCCAGGAGGUGUUGCAGCUUCGGCUCAAUCAGCUGCCACUCUCAAUGCUAGAGCUAACUCUGAGGAUGACAAGACUACCCUCGCCGUUGUCCUCGCGGGAGCGAGAAGCAAGUUACCGUCGGAUAAACCAGCAACGAGGAAAGACGCAGAGGGAGUGACAGGUGCAGAGAUGAGGAACGAUCCUCAUCUCACUACUUACCCAACAGGUGUGGCCGCCUCUGUCGCCGCAGCUGCUCGGAUUAACCAAGCCAAGUGA